ACUCUUUCCUAAAUUUUUCGAGUGGGUUUCACUUCGGAAUAAAGAUACUAAACUUUGAGAAGUUUUCGUGCAACCUACAUGGCGACGCCAGCUGAAGCCUUAGCAUUGGAGCAAAUAAGAAUGCAUCUUCUCGAAGAGUUUUCUACUAGAGAAAUUGCAUUUGCUACUGAUGUCGAAAAUCAAAGCAGCUCUAACAUAACUUUGUCGAUUUCUAACUCCCUGACUCUAUCGGAUUCACUUUGCUCUCAAUCUGCAAGCAAUGAAUCUCCGAUUUCUAUCUCUGAUUACUCCAAUAAUUUCUCCAAUUUUUCAAGCUCUCGAUCCUAUUUUUUCGAGCAAAAUCAAGUAAUAGAUUUCACAACACAAAAAGCUCUAAAUUCUAAUAAUCGGAAGCCUUCGCUAAAGAUCAAAUUUCCAGCCGUUGAGAAGCUUGAGUGGAUCGAUGUAUCAGAGUCAACUCGGAAGCAGCACUCAGGCUCGGAGGAGAAUCGGCAUUAUAGAGGAGUCCGGCAGCGUCCUUGGGGCAAGUAUGCGGCUGAGAUCCGGGACCCCAAGCGGCGCGGCUCGCGUAUCUGGUUGGGGACAUUCGAUACUGCCAUUGAGGCUGCAAAAGCCUACGACAAGGCGGCUUUUGAACUGCGCGGCAGCAAGGCGAUUGUGAAUUUCCCUUUGGAGAUACAAAGCAUGGAGUUUAGAUCAUGCGCCCCCAUGGAUGUCGGACGGAAGCGGUCCAGCGGAGGAGAGAGGCGAAGGAAGAAGCUGCACAAGUAGAAGUGGAGAAACUGAACGUGCCACCGACUUAUUAUCCACAGCUAUUGGUGAUAUGAACGAUAAAAUGAUAUUGUCUAUCUCCUUGAAACUCAUUCUUGCUAAUAUUUUCUCGAUUCAUGAAAAUUUUCAUGAGUGUCUUUCAGUUGCUUCUUAAAUGGAAUAAUCUUUCUA